CAACUGUCACUUCAGAAUCAUCUGUCACUGCAGAAUGAGGGCUCUCGUGUUUCUCCUGCUCGUGGCCGCAGCCAGCGCCAAAGUGUUUGAGCGGUGCGAGCUGGCGAGGACGCUGAAGGCUGCGGGAAUGGACGGCUACCGCGGGGUUUCCCUGGGAGACUGGGUCUGCUUGGCCAAUUGGGAGUCGAGCUACAACACGGCCGCCACUAACCGCAACACCGACGGGUCGACGGACUACGGCAUCUUCCAGAUCAACAGUCGCUGGUGGUGUAACAACGGCGUGACCCCCACCUCAAACGGCUGUAACAUCUCGUGCUCCAGCUUGCUGUCCUCUGACAUCAGCGCUGCGAUUACGUGUGCCAAGCGUGUGGUCAGAGAUCCCAAUGGGAUCAGAGCAUGGGUGGCCUGGCGGAACCACUGUCAGGGACAAGAUGUCAGGCAGUACAUCGCGGGCUGUGGGGUGUGAGACAGGCACCCAGCAGGAGAAGCACCAUUUCUCCUUCCCUCUCUCUUCUUUGAUCACUCGCUUCUGAUUUUCCAAACCCGACGCUCACAAAGGCUCAACAGUGAAGCACUUGUCUUUGAAUCCCUUGCUUGUCUGUAUAAAAAUUAUGAAAUAUAUCAAGUUUCUUCAAAUACUGCUACUUGAAAAUACUUUUCUUUUUUGCCAGUAUCAACCUUUUUGCUCUGAUGGGCUACACUUUAAUAAAGCCAUAAUUUGCUUUUGCA